AUGUCCAUGGACUCGGUCACCAACGCUGCCUACAUGACGUAUUUCCUCGCCAUCAAAGCCGUCCCAAUCGUCGCGACGUGCGCGUCCGUCUUGUUCGCGCUCGCGCCGUGGCCCACGAUCGCAGCCAUCCGUCGCGCACGGAGCACGUUACAGUUCCCGUUUGCGCCCUUCUUCUUUUACUUUAUCCAGAGCAUCAUCUACUCGCUGUAUGGCUACACGACGGCCAACCUCGUGGUGGGGGGCACGUCGCUGCUGGGCGUCGUGCUCGGGGCCUAUUACGUGCUGAUCUAUUGCAAGUACGCGCCCAAUCGGGCGCAGCCUGUGCGGAUGGUGUCGUCUGCUCUGCUCGUGCUGCUAUUGUUGGUGUACCAGGUCGCGACCCGCUCGCCCGAAGAGGCGCAGCUGCUCACGGGCAUUCCGGCCAAUGUGCUGUCGGUCGUGACGGCGGCGUCGCCGCUGCUGCAGCUGAAGCACAUUGUGCGCCGCAAAGACGCGUCGUGUUUGCCAUUGGGCAUGUCGGCCAUGAACAUUGUGGGCGGCUCGCUCUGGUUCACGUACGGUCUGCUCUUGGGCGACUUGCUGGUCGUGUGCCCCAACUUGUUUGCGCUCACGAUGGGCAUUGUCCAAGUGUCGCUCAUUUGGCUCUAUCCGGGAGGGAAGAUCAGCAGUGCAGCAGAUGGCCAGGCGGACGCUGGAAAGCCAGCAGAGACGAAGAAGAAGACGACGACGGCGACGACGACGAGUCCCUGUCACAAGAAGAAGGUGGACCGUCCAGCAUGA